AUGGCGGACCAGGACGAAGACCAGCGAACCGUGGUGUUUUUCCACCCCGACCUAGGCAUUGGCGGCGCCGAGAGACUCAUCAUCGACGCGGCUGUCGGCCUGCAGCAGCGCGGUCACAAGGUGGUCAUCUUUACGAGCCACUGCGAUCCGAAGCAUUGUUUCGAGGAGGCCCGCGAUGGAACCCUCGACGUCCGCGUAAGAGGCAACUACCUCUUCCCCCCCUCGGUCUUCUCCCGCCUCACCAUCAUCUGCGCCAUCCUCCGCCAACUCCACCUUCUAGUCCACAUCUACCUCACCUCCGAGCUCCAAUCCCUCAAGCCCUCCUCCUUCAUCGUCGACCAACUCAGCGCCGGCCUCCCCCUCCUCCAAUACCUCUACCCCUCGGCCCCGAUCCUCUUCUACUGCCACUACCCGGACCUGCUCCUCGCGCGCGGCCGCGACCGCUGGUGGAAGAGGCUUUACCGCGCGCCCUUUGACGUUCUUGAGGAGUGGAGCAUGUCGUUCGCUACGGCUGUUGCUGUUAAUUCGGAGUUUACGAAGGGGGUUGUUAGGAGGACUUGGCCGAAGUUGGAGAGGACGACGGAGUUGAGGGUUGUGCACCCUUGUGUUGCUGUUGAGGAGUUGGAGGAGGAUGAAAAGAGGAGCAAGAAGAAGGCCAAGGGGAAGAAGGCUGGUAAGGGGAAGACGAUUGCGGAAAAGGAGGCCGAUAAGGAUACUUCUGUGGUAGAGGAGAUUGUGGAGUGGAAGGAUGAAAAAGUCAUUCUUAGCAUCAACCGCUUUGAGCGCAAAAAGGACGUUGGACUCGCCAUUAAAGCCUUCGCUGCCAUCCCAGAGGACAGGCGUGAAGGCGUACGUCUCAUCAUCGCUGGUGGCUACGACUCCCGCAUCGCCGAAAACGUCGAAUACCACAACGAACUCGUCCAGCUCGCAACCUCCCUCUCCCUCCAAUCCCUAACCGCCAAAACCCUCAUCUCCGCUCUCGCCGCGCCCCUCACCACCCCCGUCCUCUUCCUCCUCUCCGUCCCCUCGACCCUCAAAGACGCCCUCCUCCGCUCCGCCCGCCUCCUCGUCUACACGCCCUCCAACGAACACUUCGGCAUCGUGCCCCUCGAAGCCAUGCUUGCUGGCGUUCCCGUCCUGGCCGCCAACAACGGCGGGCCGAAAGAAACAGUCCUCGAUGAAGGGACGGGUUGGCUCCGUGACCCGGAGGACGUGUCCGCUUGGACGGCCGUCAUGGAUCGCGUGCUCAACGACGUUACUCCCACGCAGAGGGAGAGGAUGCGCAGGGCCGGGAUUGCGAGGGUGCAUAGUUCUUUCGCGAGGUCGACUAUGAGCCAGAGGAUCGAGCAGAUUUUGGAUGAUAUGGAUAGGAACGGGCCGAGGAGACCGCCGGUUUUUAAUGCGGUUAUGAAUUUUAUGGGGAUUGCGGCGGCUUUUUGGUUUGGGUUGAUCGUUGCCAAGAUCUUUACGCCUGGUCCUCAGGCGAAGGCCUAG